AUGGCAAGGAAGUGGCAAAGAUUGGUUGGAAUCAAGAGGAAAGAGAUUUCGCUGCCAAGAAUGAACCAUAAGGUUAAGGUAGCAGAUAAAGGUCACUUUGUGGUGUAUACCAUUGACAAGGGACGUUUCGUGAUACCAUUGGCUUAUUUAAGGAGCAAGAUUUUCAGAGAGCUUUUUAGGAUGUCUAAGGAACAGUUCGGGCUCCCAAACGAUGGUCCAAUAACAUUGCCGUGCGACGCAGACUUUUUGGAAUAUGUUGUGUCGUUGGUUCAGAAACACGUGUCUACGGAUCUUGAAAACGCAGUGCAGCUCAUAGCCUCAUUUGUUUUUGGAUCUAAUUGCCUGUGUCUUGCACCUUCGCUUGCUGUCUAA